GUCACAAGUCCCGGCCAGACCAGACCGGCGCAGCGCCAUGGCGGACCCAGAGGUGUGCUCCUUCAUCACCAAAGUCCUGUGCGCCCACGGGGGCCGCAUGGCCCUGGACGCGCUGCUCGACGAGAUCGCGCUCUCCGAGGCGCAGCUCUGCGAGGUGCUGGAGGCGGCGGGGCCCAACCACUUCGUGGUGUUGGAGACCAGUGGCAGGACCGGGGUCACCCGGUCCGUGAUCGCCACCACCGCAGCCCGGGUCUGCCGUCGCAAGUACUGCCAGAAGGGCUGCGGGAACCUGCACCUCUGCAAGCUCAACAUGCUGGGCCGGUGCCACUUCUCGCAGAUGGAGCGAAAUCUAUGCAAAUAUUCUCACGAUGUUCUCUCCGAAGAGAACUUUAGAAUCCUGAAAGAACAUCAGCUCUCUGGACUGAACAAAGAAGAAUUAGCCGUGCUUCUGGUCCAAAAUGACCCUUUUUUUAUGCCCGAGAUAUGCAAAAGUUACAAGGGAGAAGGCCGAAGACAGAUCUGUAGUCAGCAGGCGCCGUGUGAAAGGCUCCACAUCUGCGAACACUUCACGCGAGGGAACUGUGGUUACGCCAACUGCCUUCGGUCGCACAACCUGAUGGACAGGAAGGUGCUGGCGGUCAUGAGGGAGCACGGGCUGAGCGCCGAGGUGGUGCAGAACAUCCAGGACAUCUGCAACAGCAAGCAUGGCCGGAGGAGGCCGGGGCUGCGAGCCCCUUCCUCCCGUGGUCGGGACCUGGCGUAUAGAGGCAGAAGCAAGAGCAGAGAUCGAUUCUUUAAGGGCAGCCACGAAUUUCUUGCACCCGUCCCAGCUUUGAGCGAGAGGUCCAGCACCCCUAGCCCAGAUCAUAUCGGCCGCACGUCUCCCCUGGACGACGUGCUCCUGGAGGACCUGUCCUGCAGGUUCACGCGUCUGGGCAGUCAAGACGGCCCUCAGCCUUCCCCAGCCUCGUCCAAGGCCCCCAGUCUCGGAGGAGCCGGGCAGGUGGGAGGAAGCCAGAGGUUUUCGCAGAACGGCAGUCCGGAGGUCCUCUUUCGUGAGAUUCACCUCACUUCUGAUUUACCACCCGCUCCGCACUGGAAGGGCCCCACGCCCUGGCUGAAUGACUCAGACACCAUAAUAGAGGAUUUGUUUUCCCUGAAGGAGGCUGCCCUGUACUCUCCCCUUGGCUCUCCACGAACCCCUGAACCCUUGACCACCGUGAAGGAUCUGGGCCUUCUUUCCCUGGACCACAUGAAUAUCAAGGACAGAAGUGAGAACCCAGAAGUGCAGCCUCUCCCAUGUUUUAAUAAUUUGGAUGGAAUGGUCCCAGAUAUCAAGAGAUCUUUAGAUUACGAAGCCACCGGACGGAGAAAAAAAUCGUUAGGUUGGAAUCAGGAAACCGGAACCACCCACCCCAAUCUCGACACCAUGAUUGCGGAGGAUAGUAAACACAGAGAGAAGGCAUUGUGGGCUAGUAAGUCUGUCCACAAUGCACCAGAUGGCUCUGGUAAAGUCACAUAUGAACCUGUUGGUUUUGGCUUAACAUCGGCAGUCAGAGAGGAUAAAGAUGUGUUAAGCUCUGGAAGCCAGAGUCCAAGGACCCAGGUCCUGCCCACGCGUGGAGAGACUCAUGUUCCCACACGAGUCAGCACUCCGCCCAAGGUACCACCUUCCACACCUUCCUCAACCAGUCGAGCUACUGCCUGCGAGGACCAUGGUCGGAACUCCGCUCAGAGCUCUGUCGCCUCGGCCACUGAGCUGGCAAGGGGGACCCCAAGCUCUGCUCUGAAUUCCGUACCUGAUGUCGCGAGUACCAUGGAUGAUCAUGGCUCAAAGGAAAUUUGUCUUGACUAUCUGUAUAAGGGUUGUCGGCAUAGCUGCAACAAAGUUCACUUCUACCUGCCCUACCGGUGGCAGAUGUUAAUUGCGAACGUCUGGAUGGACCUCCAGCCCAUGGAGAGUAUUGAGAAGGCCUAUUGUGACCCCCAAAUCUGCAUCAUUUCUAUUGGAAAUUUAAAGAUCAAUUUCCAGAAAAUGAUUUGUAAUUUGAAGCCCAUCAGACGUAUCUCCACACCUUCAUCUGAGAUGAAAUCGAACGGUUCUGUCUUCACCACAAAGUGGAUUUGGUAUUGGAAGAGUAGAUCCAACAAAUGGGUUCAGUAUGGGGAGAAGGGAGGUAAUCAGCAAAUUUCGAGCAUCGACUCUGAGUACCUGGAGUCUUUCUUCCUCUGCUGUCCGAGGGGUGUCGUGACGUUUCAUGCGGGUUCAGAGAACUAUGAGCUGAGUUUCCAAGGGAUGAUUCAGACAAACAUAGCUUCCAACACCCAAAAGGAAGUCAUCAGAAGGCCAGCCUUUGUGUCUGCCCGGGAUGUGGCGCGGCUGAAAAAUGGGCCCGACCAGAAGCCGGCACAGACCCCGCCAGAGCCUUUAGGGUCAGUUCGUCUUCCUCUGCAGGAGUGUCCCUCCCCCCCGGUGAAUGGAUAUGAGUUGUUAGAGAUCAAUAACCAAUACAUGGAAUAUGUCAGAAUAAGUGAGUAUUUUAAAGCGACUAUGAAAAAUGUCAAGAUUGAAAAGAUCAAGAAGCUCAAGAAUGCACAGCUCUUGAAUACUUUUGAAAGGAAAAAAAUGAAGAUGGAGAGGAUCAAUGAAAAAAUGCUCUUUUGUGCCACAAACCGUGACCACGUGGAUUCUAUCUGCUCGGAUAAUUUUGACUGGAUGUUGCAUGGGAGUCCUGACGCCGUAUAUGGAAAAGGAAAUUACUUUGCAAGAGAUGCCAUCUCUGCCAAUAAAAUUUGCCCGCAUGAUCUCAAAAACACCGUUAUGUUUAUAGCCCGAGUCCUGAUCGGAGACUUUACUGAAGGAAAGAGAGGUUACACGAAACCUCCACUACCGUAUGACAGCUGCGUGGAUACAAGGAGGAAUCCUUCCAUUUUUGUAAUCUUUCAGAAAGAUCAGAUUUACCCAGAAUAUGUGAUUGAAUAUGUGAAUGAAGAUAAAGCCUGCGUGAUAAGUUAGAAAUGAUGAGUAUACCGUUAUAAAGGUCUGAUGCCACAGUCCUUCCGUUCUCUAUGGAACCAGAUUGCUCCAGACAAUAGCUACAUCUCCUCACCUGACUAUCAAAUCCUUAGAUCAGUGGUUCCCAAACUUUGAAUCAUCUGGAAACUUAAAAAAAUCCUAACGUCCAGGAUGCAUCCCCUUGCAACUAAAUCACUGUUUGUGCGUGUGGGAGCUGGGCAGUGAUUUGUGUCAGAAAGUUUGGGAACCACUGCCUUAGAUGUAACCGGUAAAGGCCAAUUUCUAAAACUUCUGUGAUUGUAGCAACUGCUCUCUUCCCACCUGUUCUCAUAGUUUACUGUAUGUCAUCAUUUUGUUUUGGUUAGGUUGCAAAAAAAAAUUAAUUUGGGAACUUUGAGAGAAAUUUAAAAAUGCCUGUUGAAAUGACAUGAGACAGUACAGUCUUGGAUGGAAGAUUGUGUAAAGUUGGGGGGGGUGCUUAGGAAUAUGGGGGAGGGAGGGAAGUAAAGAUAAUUUAAAUGAUAUUAUAGACAGCUACAUUACUGUACUGUUGUAGUGAAACUGAUUUGGGGCAUACAUUUCGUUAUCUCUGCGUUUAUUUAGGGGUCUCCAUCGAGGUCGACUCUGGAAUUCAGUGAAAAGAGUUGCCAAGUGUGGCUCAGACAGAAGCACUAACUCAAGUUAAUGGCCUAUUUGGGCUCUUUAUAUAAUUAUGGUAAAGUAGGCAUUUAUAUUCUAAUCAAUAUGAUUCCAGAGAAGGCUUUCCUCAGGUCGGACUUUCAUGAAGUGUGUGCGUUUUGGGAGUGUUGAAUGCAGUCACCAGAGUCACACACGCAUGACCGAUGAACCUGAGUGCUCCUGUAGUUGUUCGCUGUGGCAGAUGAGGCUCACCUAGGAAACGGGAGCAGGGCCUUCCUGUUGAAGGAUAGGCCCCUUAAGGAGUCGAGAUUUGUUUCCUGGUGAGCACAGAAUCAGAACAAAGAGAACAAUGCCUUAAACAGGCAUUACCCCUGCAAGGGGCUUCUUUUUUAAAAUAUAACGGAUACUGUGGAAUUAUAGUACAGUCAGUUUUUAGAGCAUUUGAACUGCCUGGAUCAAGUUCCUUAUUAUGAGUCAGGUUUGCCCUUCCAGUUUUUCUUUUAAAACAGUCCCAUCCUACCCUGGCCAGUUUGGCUCAGUAGAGCAUCGACCUGUGGACCAGAGAGCCCCAGGUUCGGUUCCUGCUAGGGGCACGUACCAAAAAAAAUAGUAAAACAGUCCAUCCCAAUCUCCAAAUUUUUCUGGUAUAGUUCCUUCCAGCAGACAUGUUACAGAAAUUAAUUAGCAUUAGAGAUUUUAUAUUAGUCAGAUUUUUGAUCCAUGCAAAGCACGCCACAACUCCUUGGCUUAUAGGGCUCCACCAGUAACACCUGCAUAAGGGUUUUUUAACGCAGAGUUAUUUUCUGGGAGGCUUGCCACACAUAGUUACUCACAUUUACUUUUUUUUUUUUCAUGGUAGUUUCCACUUUGGAUUUUUCAUUUUCUGAUCUUGACUCUCAUGUUGUAGAGAUGCAAUUUAUCCAACUCUGCCUGAUGAUCCAUUAGACAUCUCGAGUUGGAUAUUUCAGAGGCAUCUCUCCAAAACGGAAUUCUCGCUCUGCCUCCCUCAAACGAACUGGUUCCGCCCCAGGUUCUUCAUACGUAUAAGCACGUGGUAUCGCGGUUCACACGUUGCUCCAGCAGCAAUCCACGAGUUGUCUCUGAUCCCUUCCGUGGCCUUCCCCUGUGCAUCAAAGCUGUUUUCAAGUUCUGUUUUCCCUUUUAAAUAUCUGUCUCAUUCUACAUUGUUCUUUACUUAGCAGCAAGAAUGGCCAUAUUUUUAAAAAAUUUACUUAAUAACCUUUCAAAACACAAAUCUGAUCA